AUUCUUUAACUAUAUUGGCGGCUAUUACACCGAUUACUUAUCCCCGUCCUCUUUUCUUUAAUAAAUUUUGCGUUAAACAUCCUCAAUACUUAUUGCAGUCAUCGCACAUAGCACUGCUAUUAUGCAUUCACAGUGAACCGAUGCUCCCAACCGUGGUCGAAGAAUUCAGCGAAUAAACAGGCAACCAUAGCAACCGAGAACUCCGUGGGCGCAGACUUCCCGAUGCAACGACGCACAAUUCACCGAAUGUUAAAUGAGCUGCUUAUCUUCAAAGCACUAUUGCUGAUUUCUGUCCUGGGAGCCUUGAUUUACAUCAUCGUAUCACUCCGAAGCCGAAGUGCCCCGCCAAAUACAACGUCCGCGCCACCGACCACUGUAACUACCGAGUCUAGGGCUGACCAUGGCAGUAUCACGGGCAGUGAAACAGUUUAUGCGAGUAACAGACGCACGCAUCGGCUUUCAGUUUCCCAACGGGGAGCUCUCGAUAAAUUCAGAUGAGUGCGGUAUAGCCGGUCCUACGGCAAGAAUCGUCAAUGGUCUUCUGGCUGCUCGAAGUCAGCUCCCUUGGAUGGUAUUCUUGGCAGUAAAGAUCAACGGAGAAUACACAACUUGUUCUGGGACUAUCCUAACUCAAAGGAAUAUUCUAACGGCCGCACACUGUAUAAAACAAAAUGACACGUAUCCGACGAGAAUUGUGGCCUUCUACAACAGUACAGAAAAACUGGAAGGUGCGUUUUGGAGAGUAGACCGUAUGAAAGUGCACCCAGAUUUUAAUGAAACAACGUUUGUCAACGACAUCGCUAUUCUACGGGUAGAACAGCCCUUCACAUUCACGAUUACCACGCGCCCUAUCUGCAUCUCUCUGGAACCCGUGGACAUUUUCCACAAACAUGUGCGUGUUGCUGGCUGGGGCCGUCUCAAGCAAUUUGGACCUCCUCAGCGACUCCUCUACUACACAAGUUUACGUGUCCUGUCCGACGAGGUGUGCAUGAGAAAAUUUGGCAGCAACGGCUACAACAUAACGCUGCAGUUCUGCGCGUAUGAAGAUACAACAGACGCAUGCGAGGGUGAUUCCGGAGGACCCGCCAUUGCACGCGCGGGCAACCACCGCUUCCUGCAAGUGGGCAUCGUCUCCUACGGCGCUGCCUGUGCGGGCAAAGUUCCGGGCGUCUAUACUCGACUCGAUGCGCUGGUGCCCUGGAUACUUGACAACAUACUGUACGGCACGUGGCAGAUCUUGUACCCGCGAGGUGAAGACAAGUGAACAACACCUAACUGGUUUACUCAAGCCAGUAAAAAGUAACGUUAAAGUCCGGCACGCGAAUAAA